AUGGAAAGUACUACUAGUGACACAUGUUCUGUUCCAUUUUUAUAUAACUCUUCAAUUUCAUCUAAUUCACCUCCACAAGCUGUUGUUGUUAUGAGCCCUUGUGCUGCUUGCAAGAUUUUGAGGAGAAGAUGUUCUGCUGAAAAAUGUGUUUUGGCUCCUUAUUUUCCUCCUACCCAUCCGGCUAAGUUUACCAUUGCUCAUAGAGUCUUUGGUGCUAGCAACAUCAUCAAAUUCUUACAGGAAUUACCUGAGGCGCAAAGAGCCGAUGCAGUUACGAGCAUGGUUUAUGAGGCGAGUGCGAGAAUUAGAGAUCCUGUUUAUGGUUGUGCUGGAGCAAUUUGCCAACUUCAAAAGCAAGUGAAUGAGCUUCAAGCACAAUUGGCCAAAUCACAAGCGGAAGUUGUAAACAUGCAACUUCAACAAGCUAAUCUAGUGGCUUUAUUUUGCAUGUCACAAAGUGAACAAGGGUCACCACAACAAUCUAUGGAUGAUUUCAUUCAAAGUCCUCUAGAGAGUAGUGGCAAUCAAAUUGGUUUGAGUUUUCUUGAGGAGAACAAUAGUCCGAGUUCAUUGUGGGAGCCACUUUGGACAUGA